AUGGAAUUAAUCAAUCAUGAUCCAUUAGUAACUUCAAUGAGUGAGGUGUUGGAUAGAUUGCCUCCCCUGUCCCCUUCAUGUUGCAUCUACAGAGUUCCUAAGCGACAACGGCGCGUAAGUGAACAAGCCUACACGCCUCAGGUAGUCUCGAUAGGCCCCCUUCACCAUGGCAAAGAAGCCCUGAAAGCCAUGGAAGAGCUUAAAAAUAGGUACCUACAAGAUUUUUUACAUCGGACCAAUGUAAGUUUGGAAUAUUUUAUAAAGAAAAUAAGGGCCCAAGAAGCAAAACUGCGCAGUUGUUAUGCAGAGACCAUUGGGUUUAGCAGCGAUGAAUUUGUAAGAAUCAUUCUGGUGGAUGCGGCCUUCAUCAUCGAGGUCUUGUUGAGGUUCUGUUACAAGCAUUUGCGGGUUGAGAAUGAUCGUAUAUUUAACAAACCAAGGAUGUUGGAGGAUGUAUGGCCUGACAUGCGGAUGCUUGAAAAUCAGCUCCCUUUCUUCAUUCUCGAGGAUCUUUUCGAUCAUGAAAGAAAUAUUGUUGGCAUUCAGACGACAAUUAUUGAUCUUUCUUACCAUUUCUUCAAAACUCUAAUGCAUAUGAAGGACAUGGAAGACACUUUGUCCCGGAUACGUCCUCCUCAUCAGGUAGAGCAUUUUGUUGAUUUUGUUAGAAAGUUAUAUCCAUUGCCUCCACAAUUAAAAUCGAAAGUGCCACAAGUUCAAGGGCCAUUCCAAACCCUAACCAUAGGCAUGAUGUCAUCAUGUGUAAUGGAUGUACCACAAGCUCGAGGGCAACUUGAAACCCAAACCAUACCCAGCAUGACACAGUUAUACCGAGCAGGGGUCAAGUUUAGGAAGGGGUCAAGCACAAACAUAUUCGACAUUCGGUUCAAUAUUGACGAUGGCAUUUUGGAAAUUCCAAAAAUAACAAUAAGUGAUCAAUCAGAGGUCACACUCACAAAUCUCCUUGUCUUUGAACAAACCCUAUGCAAGAAGGUAGAAAAUUACAUAAAUGAUUAUGUUGUCAUCUUAAACAUUCUUGUGAACACCCCGGAGGACGUGGCGUUGCUUGUUAAGAAUGGGAUUGUUGAAAACAAGCUAGGUGACAGCACUAAAGCCUGUACAAUGAUCAAGAACCUUGCUGACGGCGUCAUUAUGGCCGAUGAGUUCUACUUCACCACUCUUUGUGAAAACCUGAACAAGUACUACAGAAUGUUUAGGCACAGAUGGAAGGAAUAUUUGAUAAAACAUUUCUUCAACUCACCUUGGACAACUAAGGAAAUCGUUGCACUUGCUAUUUUCCUAAUGCUCACUUUCGUACAGACGGUGUGCUCUAUUAUCUCUGCUGCGCAACAAUAG